UUGAGUGGAUGGAGGGAAACCCCCACCCAAGCCCCUACUCCCUACAGAGUAGCAUAAAAAAUAUAGGGGCCUACUGCUGAGGCAUAUUGAUGUUUGGGAGUGUGGGGUUUUAGUUUUAGAGCGAAGGAGGAAAAAUGGGGUCAAGGGUUUUGGGUGGAUGCAGAGCUCUGAUGGAAGCGGCCAAGGCUAAUGCCAACGCCAACACCAAAGUGGCAAGGCAGGGCGGUGGCAUAACCAAGCCGGUUCCAGUAUCCCCUCAACUGGGGAAGUUUCUCGGAGGCGUUCCUCAAGCUUCUCGCUCCCUUGCUAUCAAGAAAGUCUGGGAACACAUCAAACUCCACAAUCUCCAGAAUCCUACAAAUAAGAAAGAGAUUUGUUGUGAUGAGAAGUUGAAGACCAUAUUUGAUGGGAAAGACAAGGUUGGGUUUCUAGAGAUCGCGAAAUUGUUGUCUGCCCAUUUUGUGAAAACUGGUUGAUAUUAGACUUGCCUUUUCCGAACUCUUAUGAUCUAUUUGGGUUGUUAGAAUUGUAUUUGAAAAACUUAUUUUUCCUUUGGGUAACCCUUGUGUGGACCCGCAUUUUCA